GGCGGCGCGGCGGCGCCGUGCGCAUGUGCGGGGCCCAUGGCGAGACAAGGGGCCGAAGGCGCGCAGGGCCCGAGGCCGAGAGGGCUCUGAAGGCCGUGAGGCUGCUCCGCUCCCGCCCCGCUGAUGCCCGAGGGAGCCGAGCCAUGAAGGGGCAGCAAAAAGCAGCCGAGACCGAGGAGGGGACGGUGCAGAUCCAGGAAGGCUCGGUGGCCACGGGCGAGGACCCCACGAGCGUGGCCAUCGCCAGCAUCCAAUCGGCCGCCACCUUCCCCGACCCCGGCGUCAAGUAUGUGUUCAGGACCGAGGGCGGCGGCACGCAGGUGAUGUACCGGGUGAUCCAGGUGGCUGACGGGCAGCUGGACGCGCAGACCGAGGGCACCAGCGCCAUCAGCGGCUACCCGGCCACACAGUCCAUGACACAGGCGGUGAUCCAGGGCGCGUUCACGAGCGAGGACGCGGUGGAGACGGAGGCGGCUCCCACCGAGACUCACUACACCUACUUCCCCGCCGCGGGCGUGGCCGACGGCGCCGCCGCCACCGCCGCCACCGCCGCCACCGCCGUGGUCACCACGCAGAGCUCCGAGGCGCUGCUGGGCCAGCCCACGCCCACAGGGCAGUUUUUCGUGAUGAUGUCACCACAGGAGGUGCUCCCGGGGGGGGCCCAGCGCUCCAUCGCCCCCCGCGCACACCCCUACUCCCCGAAGUCGGAGGCUCCCCGAGCCACGCGGGACGAGAAGCGCCGGGCACAGCACAACGAAGUGGAGCGCCGGCGCCGGGACAAGAUCAACAACUGGAUCGUGCAGCUCUCCAAGAUCAUCCCCGACUGCUCCAUGGAGAACACCAAAUCCGGACAGAGCAAGGGCGGGAUCCUGUCCAAGGCCUGCGACUACAUCCAGGAGCUGCGGCAGAGCAACCUGCGCCUGAGCGAGGAGCUGCAGGGCCUGGACCAGCUGCAGAUGGACAACGAGGUGCUGCGGCAGCAGGUGGAGGAGCUGAAGAACAAGAACCUGCUGCUGCGGGCGCAGCUGCGCCAGCACGGGCUGGAGAUCGUCAUCAAGAACGACACCCACUGACCCCCGAAACCCCAAACGCACCCCAAAACCCACCCCCGCCACCCCAAAACCCCCCCGGGACCCCAAAACCCACCCCCCGCACCCCAAAACCCCCCCGGGACCCCAAAACCCCCCCCGGGACCCCAAAAUCCACCCCGGGACCCCAAAACCCCCCCGGGACCCCAAAACCCCCCCCCGCACACCAAAACCCCCCCCGGGACCCCAAAACCCCCCCGGGACCCCAAAAUCCACCCCGGGACCCCAAAACCCCCCCCGGGACCCCAAAACCCCCCCGGGACCCCAAAAUCCACCCCCCGCACCCCAAAAACCCACCCCGGAACCCCAACCCCCCCCCCCCCCCGGGACCCCAAAACCGCCCCGGGACCCCAAAAACUCCCAGGGAACCCCCCCCAAACCCCCCCCCCCACAGCCCCUCCCCCCGCGCUCGGUUCUGCCCCUCCCCCCCAAUCAUGUGACCCCUCCCCCACCCCAAAAUUCCCCCCAAAAUCCCCCCAAAAUGUCGCCCCCCGCACCCCAAAAUUCACCCCCCACGCUCUCGGCCCGGUGGGCGCCGCCCCCGCCCCUCCCCCACCCAAUUUUGGGACCCCCCUCCCCUAAAAUUUGGGGCCCCUCCCCCCCCCAAAAUGGGAUUUGGGGUCGCCCCUCCCCCCGCGGCCCCCGGGGGGGGUUUUGGGGUUUGGGGGGGGAGGGGAUUUUUGGGGGGGGUUUGGGGUGUUGGGACCCUCACGCCCCCUCCCCCACCCCCCCCUUUUUGCCCCUCCCCCCCCCCCCCCCGCCCCUCCCCCUCCCCCCCCCCCCCCUCUCCCGCGGGGUUUUGGGAUUUUUUUUUUUUUUUUUUAAAACUCUCGGAAUUGCGGAAAAAAAAAGAGAAAAAAACCAAAAAGGAAAAAAAAAAUAAUCCAGGAAAAAAGAAAAAAAAG